ACGGUGAGGGACGACCUACGAGGCAUAAAGCUAAUAAAAUCAUCUGUGGCGAUAAUCCGCUCUCAAAUUGGCCUCAAUCGGGGAACUGAGAAAAUCUACUCACAGGCUUUCUUUCUCUCUCACACACGCAUAUACACGCGCACACACACACACACACACACACACACACACACACACACACACAUACGCACGCGUCCACUCCACGGCCAACAUUUUUAGACUGCUAUGUCGUGACCGGAGCGAUGCAAAUGUCACACGAUUCAUUGGCUACUGUCAGUCUCCGCCACGAAAACGUCAAUGUUUUAAUGGCGUUUGGAUGAAAUUGGCAGUGUUGGCCGGCCGCUGCUGUGUGGAAGGAGGGUCGGUAGAGAGCCGAAGCUUCGUCGGGCUCGCUUCAGCACCUGGACAGCUCCUUCCGCAGGGUUCCCCGCUGCGCUCGCCGGGGAAACCCUCGGCUGAGGAGCGGAUCUGAAUCUAGAGCAGCACACGCAAACCCUUAAAACCCCUACCAACCAGGAGAAUAUUGCACUUAAAGGCUCGUUAUUUGAUCAGUCUGAAUAACACUUAGAUGCUAAUAUGAUCUUGCCGAGUGACGAUGCUUCUUGCUUUUGAGCUUCAGCCCCUCUUUGGUGUUUGCACUGAAAUCCAAGCAGCGCAAGUGGGAGCAGCAGAAGCAGCAGUGGUGCUCGUCCAAUGCAAAAGUGCUAAGGAUAGCUGCAGCCUACACACACUGCGAGACUGCUGCUGCCUCACUUACUCUGAUCACCACCGAGGGAGACAUUACUAUCAGCAAGGGGGCAGCAAGAGGCUCGAUUACCCGUCAACAAUGUAAAUCUCACACAGCUUCAACAUGAAAGCAGCAACUAUCAGGUGAAAAGGUGAACUGCAGCACUAAAACAGCCAGAACUGUGUUGAAACCUUGUGACAACCAUCUCCACAUCUCUCCUCUAUCCAUCAGCCAGCAUCAUGGCAAAUGCUGAGGAAGUGGAGCAGGCCGGUCUAUCGGACUUGGAGAUCAUCUCCCAGCCAGUGGAGGAUGAGAACCAGUACUUGGCUCCUCCAGUGCAGCUGGUGAGUUUUGGCUACAGAGAUCUGCCCCUCGCAGCUCUUGACCUCUCGCUGGCUGGCUCUCAGCUCCUCUCCAACGCAGAUGAAGAUGAAAACAGAGAAGGGUCCAACUGGCUGAAGCCUUGCUGCGGUCGCCGAGUGGCCCUGUGGCAGGUCUGUCUGCUCAGCGCUGGCUUCAACUGUAUCCUGGUGGCCUGUGUCAUCCUGGUGGUGCUUUUCCUGUCCUUGGAGCUGCUCAUAGACACCAAACUCCUACAAUUUUCCAAUGCUUUCCAAUUUGCCAGCAUUAUACACUGGAUCAGCCUUAUCAUCCUGUCACUCUUCUUUUCAGAGACUGUCUUCAGAAUUGUAGUGCUCGGGAUCUGGGACUACAUAGAGAACAAAGUUGAGGUGUUUGAUGGUGCUGUCAUCGUGCUGUCCCUGGCCCCCAUGGUGGCCUCCACGGUGGCCAAUGGGCCCAGCAGCCCCUGGGAUGCCAUCAGCCUCAUCAUCACUCUACGCAUCUGGAGGGUCAAGAGGAUCAUUGACGCGUAUGUGCUACAAGUCAAAGUUGAGAUGGAAUUGGAGAUCCAGCAGUGUGAGAAGACCAAGGCUGUGAGAGAGGAGCAGCUGGAGCGUCUCACUCAGAUCUGCCAGGAACAGGCUUUUGAGAUCAGGCAGCUGAGGGCCCAUCUGGCCCAGCAGGACCUGGACCUUGCUGCAGAACGUGAAGCAGCCAUGCAGAUCCACCAUGUAUGGAGCAAACAGGGCAGGAGUUUUCAGGUUGUAGAAGGCUUGACUCCUGGGGAGUCUGAUGAUGAAGGCAGCCAGAGAAACCCCAGGGAGCCUCAUGCUACUGCAGAUCCGGUUGUGCGUGAUGACAUGAACAACUACAUAAGCCAAUACUACAGUGAAGCAAGCAGUGAUGCUGGAGCUUCUGGCUUAGGUGCCCGGGUCAUCACCACGGCAGCCAUCGACGUUCACCUCCCCACCAAUCCAAAUCCCAUCCAGUCAAACUCGAUGCUUGGUGAGCGGGUGGGCAGCGCCGUAAGUGACACCUCAACCAGCAUAUCUAGGUCCAGUGGCAGCCAGACGGCCCGCCCCCACAGCCUGAGUAGCCACACCCCGGGUUCGUCUAUGACGGACUGCAGCAGCAGCACAGCUCAGGACCUCAGUCUGAGCUACAACACCCAUCGCUGGUGCCCUCCUUCCUUCUCAGGCCAGGACCCCAGCAGGAACCCUUGCAGGGACCCCAGCAUGGUGGUGCAGGAGCUACUCUCCUCCCUCUCUGAGGACUCCUGCCUUGCUCAAAAGGGCCUGGUAGUAGACCCUGUCAACCUUAAGCUUCCCAGCCCUACUGGCUCAGAAAAGGCCAGCCCUGAGCUGGACAACAGAAUAAACAUCUUCAACCGCAGGAACCAAGAGGAGAGACGAGGCCGGGGAAGGGGUUGUGUGCUGUUGCAGACUAAGCCACUGAUCCACCUGCAGGGCAGCACCACUGAGCCGUCCCUGGAGGAGAAGUACAGGCUCCUGGGACCAGCUGACACACCUCUGGGGCACAUGCCUGAUACAUAGGCUACAUUUACACAGAAACAAGUAUUUUCUUCUUUUACUGCCACCCUGUUUGGCACAUAUCUGAACUUUUGUGGCAGGCCAAACCUCAAGAGAGGCACAUAAGAUUUUAAAUUUUAAAUUUUAAAAUUGGAUUUUUCUUUUGCUGUGUAAAUCCAAUCUUAGCCAAUCCCGAGCAAGCUUACGCCUUAGCUUCCAGUUAACACUGAUGCUCCUUAAUUUGAAAUGUUUAGAGGUCAAUAGUAGAAAUGACAAUUAGAACUCUUAGGCCCUUUGCCAUACCUCCCCUGUUCCUCCUUGAUGGAUUUUUGAAAUCAGAAAUUCCCUGGCAUAGCACAACAAAGACUAGAACAUCCCAGUAAGGGAAAGUCUAAUGUGUUCUUGGACACAUUCUUCAUCAGGAAUCCUUACUUUGAAUAGGUCCUAAAUGCACUGAACUUUACAUUAAUUAAAACCAGCAAGGGGCCAUUCAAGCCUAUACUGAACAAAAACUUUAAUUCUGAAUCAUGUUACAAACCAAGACACUGUUCUCUGUUCUUGGAAUUUCAAACAGUUAAAAGGAGUGUUUUUUAUUGGAUUUUUCUUGUUAUUGUGUUUAUUUUAAUUUGUAUGAUCAACUUUAAACAUCAGUCAUGCUGUUCUUUGUUCAAACAGCCACAGGGUAAAUACGACUGGCUUAACUAUACAGCAACAACUGGCAACAGCCAAUUUCUUUUUUUUACCUUUGCCUUUCUGUCACCUAUUUGUUUGAUUUGAAACCAUGGACCAUCAUUAGAAUUAAUUGAAUAGCAUUUUUGUUUUACUUGUAAAAAAACAAACAAAAAAAAACAUAAGUAGGGUAUAUUUGUGUGGAUGAACUGAAAAGGUAAGUGACUGGAUUCUUCACAUGAAACUAGAUUGGAGUGCUUGUAGCAUGAACCUUUAAAACAUAUGUGCCCUAAAUGGCAAGAAAAUUCUUUGCACUUUAAUGUUUACAGACACUUUUGUGAACUUGAUAUGGAGGAAGUUAUUGCCAAAUGCAGGUGUUGUCUUUUGAAUGAAAAUAGCAAAAAUAAAAGUUAGUAUUUCCCUAA